ACAUCACUUAAAUUUGAUCAUUCCACACAUUCGAUGCCUACACACCUAAAAAGAACUAAAAGCCGUUCAUACCUAAAAACGGAAGAUGAAGACGAUGACAGUCAAGAUGAUAAUUAUCAUCAAGACAAAAAAACAAAACAAGAAGCUACUAUGCAAAAAAGGAAGCCACAAUUAUGGACAAAAGAGGAGGAUGCAAUGUUGCUUGAAUUGAUUCAUAAACAUGGGUUCAAAGCUAGCAUUAUUAGAGAUGAAAUGGGAAGGAAACGUGGAUUAUCUUCUUAUAUUUCACGAUGGGAGGUUUUAAAGAAAAAAGCUUUAAUUUAA